ACAGGCUUCUGUGGCAGGCCUUGGAACAGAGGGUGAGACCUUUGUUGUCUGCUUUGGUCAAGGGACUAGCUUUGUUUGCCAGGUCCCUGUCACUCGCUCGCUGCCCUCCUCCGCUGCCGCUGCGCUGGGCUCGGACCCCCCCGCCCCACGCCGGACCAUGGCCCCGCCGUGCCUGAGACCCCUGCUGAGGUUCAAGUCCUUCGUCGUCCUCUUCUGCACGCCGCUGCUGCUGCUGGCGCUGCCCCUGCUCGUCCCCACCAAGGAGGCCAAGUGUGGCUAUGUCAUCAUCCUUAUGUCUGUGUACUGGUGCACAGAGGUCAUCCCAUUGGCUAUCACAGCUCUCCUGCCUGCUAUAUUAUUUCCUAUGUUUGGAAUCCUGGAGUCUAAAAAGGUGUGUAUGCAGUACUUGAAGGACACCAACAUGCUGUUUGUCGGGGGGCUGGUUGUGGCGGUAGCCGUGGAACACUGGAAUUUGCACAAACGCAUUGCACUGAGGGUCCUGCUGAUCGUCGGAGUGAAGCCCCCACUCCUGAUGCUGGGCUUUAUGGGAGUCACAGCCUUCUUGUCCAUGUGGAUAAGCAACACAGCCACUACCGCCAUGAUGGUCCCUAUUGUCCAGGCUGUCUUGGAUCAGAUGAACAGCACAGAGCAGGACCUGACGAUUACGGACCAGCCUAAUAGGCAAGUGAAUUCAGCGAUCGAGCUGGAGGAGAAGAACUCAAUGAGCCUGACGUCGGUGCAGGUCAUAGGUAAUGGCAAUGUUCCUGAUCAACACAAAGCUCUUGGUGACAGGGAAGUGAAGAAAUGCAUCAGUAAGGGGAUGACGCUGUGUGUGUGCUAUGCUGCUAGUAUUGGAGGAACUGCAACACUCACUGGAACGGGGCCAAACCUGGUUUUGAAAGGCCAGAUGAAUCAACUGUUCCCUGAAAAUGGUGACAUCUUGAAUUUUGCUUCCUGGUUUGGAUUUGCGUUUCCUAAUAUGAUUCUGAUGUUGAUGUUAUCUUGGUUUUGGCUCCAGUUUUCAUUCAUGGGGUUCAAUUUUAGGAAAACGUGGGGCUGCGGGAUGGAGAGAACUGACAAAGAGAAAGCCACUCUCAAUGUGCUCAAGUCAGAGCUCCGGAAACUAGGCUCCAUCUCCUUUGCUGAAUUCAAUGUCCUGAUGCUCUUCAUUCUCCUGAUUCUCCUGUGGUUUAGCAGAGACCCAGGCUUCAUUCCUGGCUGGGCCACCUUCCUCUUCAAUAAAGAUGAAGAGUACGUUACUGAUGCCAGUGUAGCUCUCUUUGUUGCACUCCUGCUGUUUGUAGUUCCUGCCACUAAACCCAAAUUCAACUGCUGUAGUCGAAAUAGCUUUAGCCCUGAACAGAACACAGAAGCGAUGAAAGAGCCCUUUUUCCCAGCCCCGUUGCUGGACUGGAAGGUAGUUCAGAGGAAGAUGCCCUGGAACAUCGUGCUGCUGCUAGGAGGAGGAUUCGCCUUGGCCAAUGGAAGCGAUGCUUCUGGUCUGUCGAAAUGGCUGGGUGAUCAGAUGACCCCACUGCAUGCUGUCCCACCAUGGGCCAUUGCAGUGAUACUUUCACUUGUUAUUGCUGUCUUCACCGAAUGCACCAGUAAUGUAGCUACGGCCACCCUCUUUCUACCCGUCUUUGCGUCCUUGUCACAAUCAAUCGAGGUCAAUCCCUUGUACAUCAUGAUCCCUUGUACUCUCAGUGCCUCUUUUGCUUUCAUGCUACCUGUGGCAACACCUCCAAAUGCAAUAGUGUUUUCCUAUGGUCACCUCCAGGUUUUGGACAUGGCUAAAUCUGGAAUAGUGAUGAACAUUAUUGGAGUCCUCUGCAUCACUUUGGCCAUCAACACCUGGGGACGUCCCUUGUUCAGCUUGGACACGUUCCCAUCCUGGGCCAAUGCCACAGCUGGAAAGUGAGCGGUAAAGGAUUCAUCAGAAAACCCAAAGGAACCCUAGUACUGUUUCCUCCUGCCCCACAUCCUGUCUAGAGCCUUAUCAGCACCUCAUAUGCUGGGUUAGGAGGAAUGCAACAUUCUGAGGUCUAAAUUUCAGGUCAAAUGCAAAUCAACUCAUUCUAGCCGUGACUGAGCCAUAAGUGCUGCUUCCGCACCCAAGUCUGAGGAGCUGCGUCCGUUUCACGCCUGUGAUCUCGGUGUCUCUCCGAGCAAGAUGGGGAUGUCGCUCAAGGUUUUAUGUAACUUUAUUAAAUAGAAGAGAGGCUGCGCUGCAAAAAACGAAUCGAACCUCCGUGUAACUAGUGCGCGCUUGGAAAUCAUUAGCAUCGGACACUUCCUACAGGCUGAGGCCUGCUGCGGUUCCUUAAUGUCCUCCAGUGUCCACCCGUCAGCAAUUGCACUGAGCGUCCUGACUGUCACUUGCAGGCUAAUGCAGGAAUGGUUCAUUUAGACUGGGCUCAGCAGUGCGGUGAGAACUAUUCCUUCCAAGUCCAGAACCAGCCAUGUUCCCUGAGGCCUUGUCAUCACUCCCAAAUCCGCGCAGUGAAGAGUCGGGUUGACUAACACCAGGCUGACUGACCAUGACUUGGCCUCAGGAUGAGUCAUGGUCAGCUUCAUGGUGGUGCAAGUUGCACUCAGAAGAAUGUGUUGUUUCAACAGGGCAAGUACUUUAUUAGACAACGUGGAAGUGAUCAAGAUGGGCAGCAAGACUUCCAGGUGUAGUUAAACCUCCGAGAUUAACCCUUUAAGUGCCUACCAGCAGAGUGCUCGUUAACUCAUUAAUUCUGGGGUGAAGACAAGGCCUCAAAGACAGGCUUUUAAGUAGGAACACACUUCCCACUUGUAUCAAAGUAUAGCAAUAACCAGAGAGUGAAUUUAAAGCUAUUUGUGGACUGAGUCCUGAAAUCCUUAUGCAUGGAUCCCUGUAGGACUGGGUCCCGGGGCUCCAACAGCAGAUUUGUCUGAUGAAGGUCCUGUGUGUAAAGCGUUUUGUAGCACCUGGUUUAUAACUGGAAUAGCACUAUGAUUUCGCUCCGUCUUUCUGAAGCAGCUGGUGGCAGGCAGCUACAGAUGUAUCUGGCCAUACUUCUGUGCCACGGUCAUGGGGAAGGUUUUAAUUUAGUAUUUGGAGACUAAAUUACUGGAAGCCAUGGCCACAUGGUCUAGCGGAAUGGCUACAGGGCUGGCUACCAGGCACCUCCUGAGUUCUGUUCCCAGACUCACUAUGUGGCCUUGACCAAAUCACACCACUGCUCCGUGCCUCAGUUUCCCCAGCUGCAAAAUGAAGAUAAUGAUACUUACCUACCUCACAGGGGUGUUGUGAGGGUUAAGAACCCAACUCCUGCAGCCCUGGGAGAUCAGCCUGAAUAAGGGCUUCAGGAUUUGGUCCCUAAUGUAUGUAAGAUAUUAAAUGUUGUUGUUGUUUUGACUUUC